UUUGGCACGUGUGUGCGUGGCGCGUACGAACGAAAUGCGGGACUUUCGAAGACGAAAAGCUACAUUUUCUGAGGCUUAAACGUCCGAUUGCUGGAAUUGUAAUUUAGAAGGAAAUUAGAAUACAGUGCAAGGAUUUGCAAUCCUCUAUUUCUCGAAAAUUUCCUCGAAAAACCAACAAAAACUUAACUGAGUGACUCGAGCCUUGUUGUGGCAGUGAGCAUGGUGAGUUCUUCCGCUACCCGUCCAUGGCCGGCAAUGCGUCCGUCAUCAUCAGUUUUGUCAUCAUGUCAUGUCUGUGUGUCCCGCAGUGUGCCCAGUGAACCGGUGUGCGGACCAGACCUUGACAUGCCACAUCAGAAAUGUGCCAGGCCAACCAGAAUUUAUCUGUGAAUGCGAUAGGCCAUUCCGAGUCGGCCUUAACUGCAUGGAUCCAUUUGACGACCGGCAAAUCUUCACCUGCUAUGGUGCAAAUUGUACUACUGGGGUGUUCGCCUCCCCUAACUACCCCAAUGCUUACAUGGCAUCCAACACGAUAGUGUACCUCAUCUAUGUACCAGGAGCCGCUGAAUUGGUCUUCGAGUUUGACUCGCCGUUUGGCAUUGAGGUGCCAAAGGAUGAAGUUUACAUUGGGAGCGGAGUCACACCCAACCUGGAUGAUUUGGUGGGGGUGUCUCGGGUGCCAGACUUGUAUUUCUUCGAUGGGCGGGAAGUUCCAAGCGGCUCAUACAGCAUCUUCUCAGACACUGCCUUCGUCUACUUCCUGUCAGACAAGAAUAUCGAGUAUGAAGGGUUCCAGGUGCGCUGGCGUACAGUGGACAAUGUUGCACCAGUCAUUACCUGCCCAGCAGACAGACUUGAGCCUGUCACCACGGGCAGUGAGAACGGCGCAGUGAUCUCCUGGUCACCAGCGACUGCAACCGAUGACACGUCCACGCCAACGGUCAUUCUGACGUCGGGCCGGGGACCUGGUUCCUUUUUCGAGUUUGGCGCGUACACUAUUUCCUACGUGGCCACUGAUCUCAACGGCAACUCUGCGUCUUGCAGCUUCUCUUUGUCAGUCGUCGACCGAGUUGCUCCAGUUGUAACCUGUCCAGCCAACAUAAACCAGCAAUUUGGCAUAAACCAGAAUAGAGUAACAUGGCAAACUCCAUCUGGCAGUGAUAACUCCCAACAGACGCCAACAAUCGCACAGACUUCAGGACCAACUUCUGGAUCUACGUUUACCCCCGGAACAACGACAACAAUAGUAUAUACUGCAACUGAUGCAGCAGGAAAUAUUGGAACGUGUUCAUUUACUGUUCAAAUCACUGGAGAUACCAUUCCGCCUUCAAUCUUCUGCCCAACUGUUCCUGACGAGGAGGUUCGCACAGGAAAUAGUGCUGGAGCAACAGUUAACUGGAACCUGCCUAAUGGAUUUGACAACUUUGGUACUCCAACUGUUGCACUUUUUCCAAGUACCCAAAGUGGACCAGGUUCUUUUUUCGUGUUUGGAACCUAUGCAAUUACCUACCGAGCCACUGAUGCAGCAGGCAACACGGCAGAUUGUGAUGUCACUUUCUCUGUUGUUGACCGUGUUGCUCCAGUUGUAACCUGUCCAGCCAACAUAAACCAGCAAUUUGGCAUCAACCAGAAUAGAGUAACAUGGCAAACUCCAUCUGGCAGUGAUAACUCCCAACAGACGCCAACAAUCGCACAGACUUCAGGACCAACUUCAGGAUCUACGUUUACCCCCGGAACAACGACAACAAUAGUAUAUACUGCAACUGAUGCAGCAGGAAAUAUUGGAACGUGUUCAUUCACUGUACAGAUCACUGGAGAUACUAUUCCGCCUUCAAUCUUCUGCCCAACUGUUCCUGAUGAGGAGGUUCGCACAGGAAAUAGUGCUGGAGCAACAGUUAACUGGAACCUGCCUAAUGGAUUUGACAACUUUGGUACUCCAACUGUUGCACUUUUUCCAAGUACCCAAAGUGGACCAGGUUCUUUUUUUGUAUUUGGAAGCUACGCAAUUACCUACCGAGCCACUGAUGCAGCAGGCAACACGGCAGAUUGCGAUGUCACUUUCUCUGUUGUUGACCGAGUUGCUCCAGUUGUAACCUGUCCAGCCAACAUAAACCAGCAAUUUGGCACCAACCAGAAUAGAGUAACAUGGCAAACUCCAUCUGGCAGUGAUAACUCCCAACAGACGCCAACAAUCGCACAGACUUCAGGACCAACUUCAGGAUCUACAUUUACCCCCGGAACAACGACAACAAUAGUAUAUACUGCAACUGAUGCAGCAGGAAAUAUUGGAACGUGUUCAUUCACUGUACAGAUCACUGGAGAUACUAUUCCGCCUUCAAUCUUCUGCCCAACUGUUCCCGAUGAGGAGGUUCGCACAGGAAACAGUGCUGGAGCAACAGUUAACUGGAACCUGCCUAAUGGAUUUGACAACUUUGGUACUCCAACUGUUGCACUUUUUCCAACUACCCAAAGUGGACCAGGUUCUUUUUUCGUAUUUGGAACCUACGCAAUUACCUACCGAGCCACUGAUGGAGCAGGAAACACGGCAGAUUGUGAUGUCACUUUCUCCGUUGUCGACCGAGUUGCUCCAGUUGUAACCUGUCCAGCCAACAUAAACCAGCAAUUUGGCACCAACCAGAAUAGAGUAACAUGGCAAACUCCAUCUGGCAGUGAUAACUCCCAACAGACGCCAACAAUCGCACAGACUUCAGGACCAACUUCAGGAUCUACAUUUACCCCCGGAACAACGACAACAAUAGUCUAUACUGCAACUGAUGCAGCAGGAAAUAUUGGAACGUGUUCAUUCACUGUACAAAUCACUGGAGAUACUAUUCCGCCUUCAAUCUUCUGCCCAACUGUUCCUGACGAGGAGGUUCGCACAGGAAAUAGUGCUGGAGCAACAGUUAACUGGAACCUGCCUAAUGGAUUUGACAACUUUGGUACUCCAACUGUUGCACUUUUUCCAACUACCCAAAGUGGACCAGGUUCUUUUUUCGCAUUUGGAACCUACGCAAUUACCUACCGAGCCACCGAUGGAGCAGGCAACACGGCAGAUUGUGAUGUCACUUUCUCUGUUGUCGACCGAGUUGCUCCAGUUGUAACCUGUCCAGCCAAUGUAAACCAGCAAUUUGGCAUCAACCAGAAUAGAGUAACAUGGCAAACUCCAUCUGGCAGUGAUAACUCCCAACAGACGCCAACAAUCGCACAGACUUCGGGACCAACUUCAGGAUCUACGUUUACCCCCGGAACAACGACAACAAUAGUCUAUACUGCAACUGAUGCAGCAGGAAAUAUUGGAACGUGUUCAUUCACUGUACAGAUCACUGGAGAUACUAUUCCGCCUUCAAUCUUCUGCCCAACUGUUCCUGAUGAGGAGGUUCGCACAGGAAAUAGUGCUGGAGCAACAGUUAACUGGAACCUGCCUAAUGGAUUUGACAACUUUGGUACUCCAACUGUUGCACUUUUUCCAACUACCCAAAGUGGACCAGGUUCUUUUUUCGCAUUUGGAACCUACGCAAUUACCUACCGAGCCACUGAUGGAGCAGGCAACACGGCAGAUUGUGAUGUCACUUUCUCCGUUGUCGACCGAGUUGCUCCAGUUGUAACCUGUCCAGCCAACAUAAACCAGCAAUUUGGCACCAACCAGAAUAGAGUAACAUGGCAAACUCCAUCUGGCAGUGAUAACUCCCAACAGACGCCAACAAUCGCACAGACUUCAGGACCAACUUCAGGAUCUACAUUUACUCCCGGAGCAACGACAACAAUAGUCUAUACUGCAACUGAUGCAGCAGGAAAUAUUGGAACGUGUUCAUUUACUGUUCAAAUCACUGGAGAUACUAUUCCGCCUUCAAUCUUCUGCCCGACUGUUCAAGAUGUGACAGUUAGCACAGGAAAUAAUGCUGGAACAACAGUUACCUGGGCAACGCCUCAGGUAUCCGAUAACUCUGAUAUUGCUCCAACGGUUGCACUCUUUCCUCCGACCCAAAGUGGACCUGGCUCUUUUUUUGUGUUUGGAACGUAUGCAAUUUCCUACCGAGCCACUGAUGCAGCAGGCAACGUUGGCGAUUGUGAUGUCAAUUUCUCUGUUGUUGAUGGGGUCCCUCCACAAUUCACAUUCUGCCCUGAUAAUAUUCUUCAGCAAUUUGAGGCUGAUAACGGUGUCACAACUGGGCUCAAUGUCAACUGGCUUGCUCCUGAAGUAUCUGAUAACUCUGGCCAGUCUGUCCAAGCUGUCUUAGUUGAAGGCUCUCAACCGGGAUCUUUUUUCAACAUUGGACAAACAACCAUAACCUACAGUGCCACUGAUGCUGCUGGAAAUUUCAACAUGUGUACAUUUACUGUAACGGUCGUACAAGUUGAUGGAACCCCUCCACAAUUCGACAACUGUCCACAGGACAUUCUUCGGACCAUACCUAUCGGAUCAACCUCCAUCCCAAUAACUUGGCCGACAAUUACAGUAACAGACAAUUCAGGGAAUCAAAUCAAUCCAGUACUUCUGUCACAAAACCCGGGUCAAUUUACCGAAGGCACGUUCCGCAUCAGGUACCAAGCCACUGACCAAGCUGGCAAUAGUGCCAUAUGCUCCUUUGACGUCAUUGUUACAAGAGCUGUGGAUACCACUCCUCCUGUUGUCCAGAAUUGCCCAUCUAACAUCAACCAGGAAAUCCCAAUUGGUAUUACAAGUACAACUGUCACAUGGCAACAGCCAUUUGCCACAGAUAAUUCUGGUCAGACGCCCGCUGUGACGUCCAGCCACACCUCAGGAUCCACCUUCUUUGUGGGUUCGACUACGGUUACUUACACAUUCACGGAUCAAUCCAGCAAUUCCGCCACUUGCCAGUUUGCUGUGACAGUUACAGCAGUUGAUAGAACUCCUCCGCAAUUCGACAACUGUCCACAGGACAUUCGUCGGACCAUUCCUAUUGGAUCAACCUCCAUCCCAAUAACUUGGCCGACAAUAACAGUAACAGACAAUUCUGGGAAUCAAAUCAAUCCAGUGCUUCUGUCACAAAACCCGGGUCAAUUUAACGAAGGCACGUACAACAUCAGGUACCAAGCCACUGACCAAGCUGGCAAUAGUGCCAUAUGCUCCUUUGACGUCAUUGUUACAAGAGAUGUGGAUACCACUCCUCCUGUCGUCCAGAAUUGCCCAUCUAACAUCAACCAGGAAAUCCCAUUUGGUAGUACAAGUACAACUGUCACAUGGCAACAGCCAUUUGCCACAGAUAAUUCUGGUCAGACGCCUGCUGUGACGUCCAGCCACACCUCAGGAUCCACCUUCUUUGUGGGUUCGACUACGGUUACUUACACAUUCACGGAUCAAUCCAGCAAUUUCGCCACUUGCCAGUUUGUUGUGACAGUAACAGCAGUUGAUAGAACUCCUCCGCAAUUUGACAACUGUCCACAGGACAUUCGUCGGACCAUUCCUAUUGGAUCAACCUCCAUCCCAAUAACUUGGCCGACAAUAACAGUAACAGACAAUUCUGGGAAUCAAAUCAAUCCAGUGCUUCUGUCACAAAACCCGGGUCAAUUUAACGAAGGCACGUACAACAUCAGGUACCAAGCCACUGACCAAGCUGGCAAUAGUGCCAUAUGCUCCUUUGACGUCAUUGUUACAAGAGAUGUGGAUACCACUCCUCCUGUCGUCCAGAAUUGCCCAUCUAACAUCAACCAGGAAAUCCCAUUUGGUAGUACAAGUACAACUGUCACAUGGCAACAGCCAUUUGCCACAGAUAAUUCUGGUCAGACGCCUGCUGUGACGUCCAGCCACACCUCAGGAUCCACCUUCUUUGUGGGUUCGACUACGGUUACUUACACAUUCACGGAUCAAUCCAGCAAUUUCGCCACUUGCCAGUUUGUUGUGACAGUAACAGCAGUUGAUAGAACUCCUCCGCAAUUUGACAACUGUCCACAGGACAUUCGUCGGACCAUACCUAUUGGAUCAACCUCCAUCCCAAUAACUUGGCCGACGAUUACAGUAACAGACAAUUCAGGGAAUCAAAUCAAUCCAGUGCUUCUGUCACAAAACCCGGGUCAAUUUAACGAAGGCACGUACAACAUCAGGUACCAAGCCACUGACCAAGCUGGCAAUAGUGCCAUAUGCUCCUUUGACGUCAUUGUUACAAGAGAUGUGGAUACCACUCCUCCUGUCAUCCAGAAUUGCCCAUCUAACAUCAACCAGGAAAUCCCAUUUGGUAGUACCAGUACAACUGUCACAUGGCAACAGCCAUUUGCCACAGAUAAUUCUGGUCAGACGCCCGCUGUGACGUCCAGCCACACCUCAGGAUCCCCCUUCUUUGUGGGUUCGACUACGGUUACUUACACAUUCACGGAUCAAUCCAGCAAUUUCGACACUUGCCAGUUUGUUGUGACAGUAACAGCAGUUGAUAGAACUCCUCCGCAAUUCGACAACUGUCCACAGGACAUUCGUCGGACCAUACCUUUUGGAUCAACCUCCAUCCCAAUAACUUGGCCGACGAUUACAGUAACAGACAAUUCAGGGAAUCAAAUCAAUCCAGUGCUUCUGUCACAAAACCCGGGUCAAUUUAACGAAGGCACGUACAACAUCAGGUACCAAGCCACUGACCAAGCUGGCAAUAGUGCCAUAUGCUCCUUUGACGUCAUUGUUACAAGAGAUGUGGAUACCACUCCUCCUGUCGUCCAGAAUUGCCCAUCUAACUUCAACCAGGAAAUCCCAUUUGGUAGUACAAGUACAACUGUCACAUGGCAACAGCCAUUUGCCACAGAUAAUUCUGGUCAGACGCCCGCUGUGACGUCCAGCCACACCUCAGGAUCCACCUUCUUUGUGGGUUCGACUACGGUUACUUACACAUUCACGGAUCAAUCCAGCAAUUUCGCCACUUGCCAGUUUGUUGUGACAGUAACAGCAGUUGAUAGAACUCCUCCGCAAUUUGACAACUGUCCACAGGACAUUCGUCGGACCAUACCUUUUGGAUCAACCUCUAUCCCAAUUACUUGGCCGACAAUUACAGUAACAGACAAUUCAGGGAAUCAAAUCAAUCCAGUGCUUCUGUCACAAAACCCGGGUCAAUUUAACGAAGGCACGUACAACAUCAGGUACCAAGCCACUGACCAAGCUGGCAAUAGUGCCAUAUGCUCCUUUGAUGUCAUUGUUACAAGAGAUGUGGAUACCACUCCUCCUGUCGUCCAGAAUUGCCCAUCUAACUUCAACCAGGAAAUCCCAUUUGGUAGUACAAGUACAACUGUCACAUGGCAACAGCCAUUUGCCACAGAUAAUUCUGGUCAGACGCCCGCUGUGACGUCCAGCCACACCUCAGGAUCCACCUUCUUUGUGGGUUCGACUACGGUUACUUACACAUUCACGGAUCAAUCCAGCAAUUUCGCCACUUGCCAGUUUGUUGUGACAGUAACAGCAGUUGAUAGAACUCCUCCGCAAUUUGACAACUGUCCACAGGACAUUCGUCGGACCAUACCUUUUGGAUCAACCUCUAUCCCAAUUACUUGGCCGACAAUUACAGUAACAGACAAUUCAGGGAAUCAAAUCAAUCCAGUGCUUCUGUCACAAAACCCGGGUCAAUUUAACGAAGGCACGUACAACAUCAGGUACCAAGCCACUGACCAAGCUGGCAAUAGUGCCAUAUGCUCCUUUGAUGUCAUUGUUACAAGAGAUGUGGAUACCACUCCUCCUGUCGUCCAGAAUUGCCCAUCUAACUUCAACCAGGAAAUCCCAUUUGGUAGUACAAGUACAACUGUCACAUGGCAACAGCCAUUUGCCACAGAUAAUUCUGGUCAGACGCCCGCUGUGACGUCCAGCCACACCUCAGGUUCCACCUUCUUUGUGGGUUCGACUGCGGUUACUUACACAUUCACGGAUCAAUCCAGCAAUUUCGCCACUUGCCAGUUUGUCGUGACAGUAACAGCAGUUGAUAGAACUCCUCCGCAAUUUGACAACUGUCCACAGGACAUUCGUCGGACCAUACCUUUUGGAUCAACCUCUAUCCCAAUUACUUGGCCGACAAUUACAGUAACAGACAAUUCAGGGAAUCAAAUCAAUCCAGUGCUUCUGUCACAAAACCCGGGUCAAUUUAACGAAGGCACGUACAACAUCAGGUACCAAGCCACUGACCAAGCUGGCAAUAGUGCCAUAUGCUCCUUUGAUGUCAUUGUUACAAGAGAUGUGGAUACCACUCCUCCUGUCGUCCAGAAUUGCCCAUCUAACUUCAACCAGGAAAUCCCAUUUGGUAGUACAAGUACAACUGUCACUUGGCAACAGCCAUUUGCCACAGAUAAUUCUGGUCAGACGCCCGCUGUGACGUCCAGCCACACCUCAGGUUCCACCUUCUUUGUGGGUUCGACUGCGGUUACUUACACAUUCACGGAUCAAUCCAGCAAUUUCGCCACUUGCCAGUUUGUCGUGACAGUAACAGCAGUUGAUAGAACUCCUCCGCAAUUUGACAACUGUCCACAGGACAUUCGUCGGACCAUACCUUUUGGAUCAACCUCUAUCCCAAUUACUUGGCCGACAAUUACAGUAACAGACAAUUCUGGGAAUCAAAUCAAUCCAGUGCUUCUGUCACAAAACCCGGGUCAAUUUAACGAAGGCACGUACAACAUCAGGUACCAAGCCACUGACCAAGCUGGCAAUAGUGCCAUAUGCUCCUUUGAUGUCAUUGUUACAAGAGAUGUGGAUACCACUCCUCCUGUCAUCCAGAAUUGCCCAUCUAACAUCAACCAGGAAAUCCCAUUUGGUAGUACAAGUACAACUGUCACUUGGCAACAGCCAUUUGCCACAGAUAAUUCUGGUCAGACGCCCGCUGUGACGUCCAGCCACACCUCAGGAUCCACCUUCUUUGUGGGUUCGACUGCGGUUACUUACACAUUCACGGAUCAAUCCAGCAAUUUCGCCACUUGCCAGUUUGCUGUGACACUAACAGCAGUGGAUACCACUCCUCCUGUUGUCCAGAAUUGCCCAUCUAACAUCAACCAGGAAAUCCCAAUUGGUAGUACAAGUACAACUGUCACUUGGCAACAGCCAUUUGCCACAGAUAAUUCUGGUCAGACACCCGCUGUGACGUCCAGCCACACCUCAGGAUCCACCUUCUUUGUGGGUUCGACUACGGUUACUUACACAUUCACGGAUCAAUCCAGCAAUUUCGCAACUUGCCAGUUUGCUGUGACACUAACAGCAGUGGAUACCACUCCUCCUGUUGUCCAGAAUUGCCCAUCUAACAUCAACCAGGAAAUCCCAAUUGGUAGUACAAGUACAACUGUCACAUGGCAACAGCCAUUUGCCACAGAUAAUUCUGGUCAGACACCUGCUGUGACGUCCAGCCACACCUCAGGAUCCACCUUCUUUGUGGGUUCGACCACGGUUACUUACACAUUCACGGAUCAAUCCAGCAAUUUCGCCACUUGUCAGUUUGCUGUGACAGUAACAGCAGUCGAUAGAACCCCUCCACAAUUCGACAACUGUCCACAGGACAUUCUUCGGACCAUACCUAUUGGAUCAACUUCCAUCCAAAUAACUUGGCCUACUAUUACCGCAACAGACAAUUCAGGGAAUCAAAUAAAUCCAGUGCCUCUGUCACAAAACCCGGGUCAAUUUACCGAAGGACCUUACAACAUCAGGUACCAAGCCACAGAUCAAGCUGGCAAUAGUGCCAUAUGCUCCUUUAACAUAAUUGUUACAAGAGCUGUGGAUACCACUCCUCCUGUUGUCCAGAAUUGCCCAUCUAACUUCAACCAGGAAAUCCCAAUUGGUAGUACAAGUACAACUGUCACAUGGCAACAGCCGUUUGCUACAGAUAAUUCUGGUCCGACACCCACUGUGACGUCCAGCCACACCUCAGGAUCCACCUUCUUUGUGGGUUCGACCACGGUUACUUACACAUUCACGGAUCAAUCCGGCAAUUUUGCCACUUGCCAGUUUGUUGUGACAGUUACAGCAGUUGAUAGAACUCCUCCGCAAUUUGACAACUGUCCACAGGACAUUCGUCGGACCAUACCUAUUGGAUCAACCUCCAUCCCAAUAACUUGGCCGACAAUUACAGUAACAGACAAUUCAGGGAAUCAAAUCAAUCCAGUGCUUCUGUCACAAAACCCGGGUCAAUUUAACGAAGGCACGUACAACAUCAGGUACCAAGCCACUGACCAAGCUGGCAAUAGUGCCAUAUGCUCCUUUGACGUCAUUGUUACAAGAGCUGUGGAUACCACUCCUCCUGUUGUCCAGAAUUGCCCAUCUAACUUCAACCAGGAAAUCCCAAUUGGUAUUACAAGUACAACUGUCACAUGGCAACAGCCGUUUGCUACAGAUAAUUCUGGUCAGACACCCACUGUGACGUCCAGCCACACCUCAGGAUCCACCUUCUUUGUGGGUUCGACUACGGUUACUUACACAUUUACGGAUCAAUCCAGCAAUUUUGCCACUUGUCAGUUUGUUGUGACAGUAACAGCAGUCGAUAGAACCCCGCCACAAUUCGACAACUGUCCACAGGACAUUCGUCGGACCAUACCUUUUGGAUCAACCUCCAUCCCAAUAACUUGGCCGACGAUUACAGUAACAGACAAUUCAGGGAAUCAAAUCAAUCCAGUGCUUCUGUCACAAAACCCGGGUCAAUUUAACGAAGGCACGUACAACAUCAGGUACCGAGCCACUGACCAAGCUGGCAAUAGUGCCAUAUGCUCCUUUGAUGUCAUUGUUACAAGAGAUGUGGAUACCACUCCUCCUGUUGUCCAGAAUUGCCCAUCUAACAUCAACCAGGAAAUCCCAAUUGGUAGUACAAGUACAACUGUCACUUGGCAACAGCCAUUUGCCACAGAUAAUUCUGGUCAGACACCCACUGUGACGUCCAGCCACACCUCAGGAUCCACCUUCUUUGUAGGUUCGACUACGGUUACUUACACAUUCACGGAUCAAUCCAGCAAUUUCGCCACUUGCCAGUUUGUUGUGACAGUUACAGCAGUGGACCGCACUCCCCCUGAGGUCGUUUUCUGCCCGUCUGACAUUACCCGCACCAUUCUGAGGGGGACUGGCCCCGUCAUUGUCACCUGGCAAGAACCGUCUGCCAACGACAACUCCGGCAACAUGCCCACCAUGUCAAGUUCCCACAACUCUGGGGACUCUUUCUCUGCCAGCACAUCUGUCACUUACACGUUCACCGACGCAGACGGCAACAGUGCUCUCUGUACAUUUACCAUCUCUAUCACUGAAGUGAAUCCCUGUGACACACAGCAAUGCCAGAACGGAGGAGUGUGCGUCGCUAGUACAUUGCAAGCCAUUAGAUGUGUCUGUCCAAUCUGUUUCUCUGGAGAUCGGUGUCAAAUCGCUGCCGAUGCCUGCCAGUCUAAUACCUGCCAGAAUGGUGCUGGGUGCUUAGCUGUACAAGGCUCCUGCACGGCGUAUGUGUGCCAAUGCACACAGUGCUUCACUGGAACGUUCUGUACUGAAGCUGCGAGCAGUUGUGUCAAUCACCAGUGCAACAACGGAGGUGUAUGCACCGUCAGCCCGAACAACUGUCAGCAGUACACUUGCAUAUGCCCCUCCUGCUUUGAGGGCCAAUAUUGCCAGACAGCCAUCAAUCCCUGUCAGAAUCAUAACUGUCAAAAUGGCGGGCAGUGUCGCCCUGUCGUAUCGUCCUCGGCCUUUUCCUGCACGGAGUACGUCUGCGAGUGCUCGCCUUGCUUCAUGGGGGAAUUUUGCAUCCAGCCACGUAAUGCUUGCCAGCCCAACCCAUGCAGUAAUGGCGGCCUGUGUUCAACACUCCCAGACUCCUGUUUCUCCUAUUCCUGUCAGUGCAGCGGCUGCUUCACUGGUUAUAACUGCGAAGUUGCUGUGGCUUCACCUUGCCAAACUAAUCCAUGUUUGAAUGGCGGGCAGUGUAUGGUAGUCACAGGAAUCUGUACAACGUAUACAUGUCAGUGCCCAUCCACUCACAACGGAGUCCACUGUGGACUAUUGGUGAUUGUGAGUUCCAAUGCCUGCACCAGCUCCCCAUGUCUAAAUGGUGGUAAUUGCCUGACUAUGGACGGAUCCUACUAUAUCUGCCUCUGCACCACAGAGUAUGUCGGCCAAAACUGCCAGUAUUUAAGAGCCAAUACCCCUGCAGCAGUCAAUGCUUGUGCAACAUCACCGUGUGCGAAUGGCGCCAUUUGCAUCAACAGUUACAACAGCAACAGCAACGCCAUCUUUGGCACUAGUCAGACCUAUUCCUGCAUCUGCACCAACGGCUUCACUGGUGUCAACUGUGGAUCACGUUCAGUCACCCUACCUUUGCUGGGCAUCUGUGAGCUGGGAACCAAGCCAGCCUGCCAGCGCGGCGCAUCCUGCUCCAAUAUGUACCACAACUUUGACCAGGACGUGGAUUACAUCUGCAACUGCCCCAACGGAUGGACCGGUCACAACUGUGAACUCCAAGAGCGAGAUGUAUGCUUCAGUGGACCCUGUCAAAAUGGCGGCCAGUGCCAAAUUGGACAGAACUCCUUCUCCUGUACAUGCCCUAGUGGGUUUACUGGCCUGCGAUGUGAAAACGCUCAAGUUGACACACAGUCGCCCGUCAUCAACGGCUGCCCGAACGACAUCAGCCAGACGACCUCUAACCCUAACGGCCAGUCCGUCUUUUGGACUCCACCCACCGCUACCGACAACGCCGGGGUGCCGACAAUCCUCUUCCAGUCUCACAGCCCGGGCGCCCAGUUCCCUGCCACGACCUCCCUGGUCACUUACAUUUUCGUCGAUAAUUCGCUCAACUUUGCCAGCUGCCAGUUUUACGUGACCCUGACAGCGGUCAGUUUUGACAACACGGCCCCGGUCAUCAGCGGUUGUCCCUUUGGGCAGACAGUGACUGCCCCCUCUGGCAGCACAUCGGCCAUCGUCACCUGGAAUGAGCCCACGGCCAGCGACAACUCUGGACAGCCGCCGCAGCUGAAGCGUUCCCAUGCUCCCGGCACCACCUUCUCACUUGGAUACACUGCGGUUACGUAUGAGUUCAGGGAUGCGACAGGGAACCAGGCAACUUGCACUUUCCUGAUCUACGUUGUAGGAGCCGGAAUUACCGACACUAUCCCACCCACGGUCAGUGGGUGCACGGCCGCUGCUACCACAGUCACUGCUGGUGUCUCACAAACAUCUGCCCAGGUCUUCUGGAAUGAGCCGACAGCGACAGACAACUCUGGCCAACAGGUGUCUUUGACCAGGACCCAUCGCCCAGGGGAUACAUUCUCAUUGGGUCAGACAACCGUCACGUACACCUUCACGGAUAACGCUGGCAACCGGGCAAUUUGCUCGUUCAGUAUCACUGUCCAAAGUCAGGGUUCGACUGGUGUGGUAGUCAGCAACUGCCCCAGCCAAGGGGUGACAGUCACUGCACCCCAGGGGGCUGCGCAAAGCUCAGUCACCUGGCAAGAACCCACGGCGACGGACGGCUUUGGGCAAGCAGUCACUAACGUCAUCCGCUCCCACGUGCCAGGCCAACUGUUCGCCAUCGGUCAGACUCAGGUCACCUACCAGUUUGUCUCGACCUCUGGGAGCCAGGGAUUGUGCAGCUUCACAGUGACUGUCAAUGCCGGUUUCCCAGUUGACAACCAAGCUCCCACUUUCACCGUCCCAUGUCCCAACGGGGUAACGGUCAAUGCGCCGAUAGGCUCCACAACAUUUGUCGUCAGCUGGACUCCACCUCAAGCCAUCGACAACUCUGGCACUGUCAAUACCAUCGCCUCGCAUGAACCCGGCUCGACAUUCAUCGUGGGCGCACCAACAUCAGUCACUUACAGAUUUACCGAUCCUUCAGGCAACUUCGUGACCUGCACUUUCACAGUUCUGGUUAGCGUUGGGUCGCCUGACAACACGCCUCCGACUUACACCAACUGUCCAAGCGACAUCACCGUCUCACCCGCUACCGGUGCCACAACGGCGACUGCCAGCUGGCAAGAACCGGUUGGCCAGGACAACUCGGGUGUAGCCCCACAGGUCUUCCGGUCGCAUGCCCCUGGGUCUGUGUUUGGACUGGGCUCUACCGCUGUCUCGUAUCGCUUUGUGGACGGGUCAGGCAAUGAAGCAACGUGUUCUUUCUUUGUGACUGUUGUUGUCAGCGGAGGGGACAACAUCAACCCCGUUCUGACGGGGUGCCCAACCGGUGUCACCGCAUACGUGCCAGCAGCUGUCACCAGCGUUCGGGUUACAUGGACAGCCCCCACGGCUACCGAUAACUCUGGUGUGACGCCCACCGUCACCAGCACCCCAGCCGUCAACACCCUGUUUAUGCUGGGAACGACCGUGGUGAUCUACACCGCAACCGACACCGCUGGGAACCAGGCCGUCUGCCAAUUUGCAGUCAACGUAAUCGUUGACAUAAUGUCACCGGUUGUCAUUGGCUGCCCGGCUACCAUCCGGGGAACUCUACCUGCUGGACAAUCCAGCAUUCCACUUACCUGGAGUGAGCCCACGGCCACCGAUAACAGCCAACUGCCUGUCACGCUGAACCGUACGCACGUCCCUGGCGAAGCGUUCGGCUCAGGAACCACCGACGUCAUCUACACGUUCAGCGACAGCGUUGGCAACCAGGCUAUGUGCACCUUCAUGGUCACAGUAUCAGCUGAUGCGGGCAACAACCCAUGCGCAAGCAAUCCCUGUCCAGCAGGCAUGAGUUGCUUCUACACAUCAGAUGCGUACCUUUGUAUGAUUCGAAGUGGACGAAAACGAAGGGAUGCGAUGACUGAUGAAGCUGAAUACUGUCCAUGCGAGAAUGGCGGUGAAUGUGCCCAUGUUGACACUGAGCCACCAUCCUACUUCUGCAUCUGUCCUGUGGGAUUCCAGGGAGUUCUCUGCGAGGAGGCUGUCUCCGAUGAGUGUGACCCCAACCCUUGCGCUAAUAACGGGACUUGUGUAGUCACCGUUGGCAGUGAUCCCCUGGCUCAAGACCACUAUGCCUGCCUGUGCUCUGAUGGCUGGACCGGGCCAAAUUGUCGCAUCGCAAUGGAGGAUGAACUGGUAACCCACACCAGUGACCUGGAUGUCAUGCAUCACCAGCCUGCGUUGCUGGAUACCGAGUGGUUUAUGGCUGCGCUGACUGCCAUGGUAGUCAGCCUGUUCCUGAUGUCUCUUAUCGCCGUGUUCUGCGUUGCUCGGCGUCAGGUUCUCCCUGCAAGCAAAGCAGACGACGAGAUCGCCAUUAUCCGCUAAGGAUCACAGCUCACGAAUAAACAAAAAUAAUUAAUCAGUUAUAGUGCUUUUAGAAGAGACUUGUUGACAUAGUCUACCACUGCAUAUUUACGUUAUUGAGAUGUAAUGCUGUUGAUGUACAUAUUUUCAUUUUUUUUUUUUAAGUUUCAUAGAUUUGGUUUAUUUCUCUCAAACUUCACAAGUCUAUGGACUCUGUGCAUGAAUAGUAGAUGGCAUAUUGUGACCACUUAGAAGCUCGUGAGAGGAGCAAAUUGUGCGCACACACUUUUUCGCAAGCAUAUGGCACAAAUUACCCAAAAUAUGAUUCUGAAUAUGUACAAUCCCGCAUCAUCUUCCCAUGUAUGUCAGACGUACUGGCGAUGUAUUAAUAAAAGUAAUGUAAUAAUAGGUGCCCUUAAGUAAUAAUGUGGCGCUUAUAUAGCGAUUUAUACCAAAGGUUUCAAAGCGCUUAACAAUUAUUGCCCCUGUUCAUCAGGAAUGAGACAAUUUUUCUGCAGCAGCUCGAGAUCAGCGCAAUUCCCAGGAACCCAUUU